AUUUGGGCGCGCCGUGGGAUGGAGUGUCAACACCUAAAGUAUUUUUCUUACGUGGUCUGUGGUUUUGUACACCGACAGGAUGGCGGGCGAUUUACCGAAAGGUUGGGAGAAACGGAUCAGCCGCUCUACAGGUGAGCCGUACUACUUGAAUACCCUCACCAAGGAGAGCCAGUGGGAGCGACCCAAGGAGCCAGCAUGCAUGGCAACAUCAACAAAAGACCAGGUGUGGUGUUCACACCUUCUGGUCAAGCACUGCGACUCACGGCGGCCAUCUUCAUGGCGCGAGGAGAACAUCACCCGGACAAAAGAGGAGGCGCUUUCCCUCAUAAAGGGAUAUCGGGAACAGAUAGUGUCGGGCAAGGCGACCUUUGAAGAGCUGGCCAGCCAGUUUAGCGACUGCAGCUCAGCCAAGCGGAAAGGUGACCUGGGAACAUUUGGCGGGGUGCAAUGCAGAAGCCCUUUGAGGAUGCUGCCUUCGCACUCAGCGUUGGGGAGCUCUCGGAGCCGGUGUUCACAGAAUCAGGCGUCCACCUCAUCUUGCGCACUGCCUAGAGCGGACCGUCCCCCGCGGUGCCCGCAGCCACCGACCACAUGGGAGGAAUGGGAGACCCUGCUGCGCUCGACGGACCCGGCCAAGCAGAAGAUCGCCACUGACCGGGCCGCCCACGUCAUGGAACUUCAUGAACGCAUAGGGCAGUGGGGUCGUGCGGGGACCCUGGGACGUACGUGCCCAAAUCCCUUGGUCAAAUAAAGUUUUACCUCCUCCUCCU